AUGACCCGGCUGGCCUCGUAUUUGAGCCAGGCCGAGGCGCUGCAGGAGUUUGUAGACAAAGUCGAGGCUGAGAUGGCGACUGCGAUGGCGGGAGAGACUGCUUCGUCGUGUGGGCCUGCGCCGGCGCUUGUAGCGUAUCCACGCAUGCCGACAUCAUCGGCCGAGACAGCCGAGGCCAUUACCGCGGCUGCCCGCGCGCUGCCACGGGCUGCUGCGCAACCUGCGGCUUCCAAUGAGGCAGCCUCGUCCGCGCCUGUCCUCGCUGUGAACGAGGAUGCUGACGAUGCCAGCGCAGAUGACGAUUUGGAGGUGAAGCUUGAGAGUGGAGGCAGCGAGCUGGAGGAGCUCGAGGCCGAGGCCGAGGCGGUUGCCGCUGAGUCUGCAUUGGGCGGAGCCGCCGCCGCUGCAGAGCUGGCUGCUGUGGGUGCAGAUCCGGCAGCGCUGGCGGCCGCGGCUGCCGCUGACGCCGCGGUCGCAGCGCUCGCAGCCGGCCUGGAGCCAAAGGUAACACCGGCAGAGCUUUCAGAGCUCGAGCAGGAGCUCGAUGCACUGAUGCGUGGCGGGCGAUGAGCGGCGUGCUGGUGACGUCCACCAUAAAAUAGCAGGCUCC